AUGAUUGCUAUUUCUCUUAAUAUUGAUUCCAAGUCUAAUAACAGUGUUGGAUUCUUGUAUGGAUAAUUAAUAUUUUAUUCGUAAAGUAUAGAUAUGUUAUUUGCUAUCUUUUUCUUAUCUUUGAUUGCUAACUUUAGCAGUCUGUAAAUAAGGGAGAUGGAUUCUCUGUAUUAAUAUAGUCAAGAGUCGAUAGUGAUAUCUGAAAAAGCACCAUCAAUUUUCAAUGCUUUUAGAUAUGGAUUAUGGUCAAAAUAUAAUCCUUUAACAAACAUACUUUAAGUGGGAAAUGUGGGAAUGUUUGAUAGCGAUUGUUUUCUUUUACAUAGUGCAGUAGAGGAACUUUCAUUAGCUCUUAAUCUAAUUUAUUAUGAUUGUGUAGAUUAUUCUUCAAAGAAAGUCCAGAAAACAAUUGCAUUUAUAGACAAUGAUGAAGUUGAACAUUCAUUUACAAUCACUAUAGAUCCCCUCGAGUAUGAGAAUGUUUGGUAUUUAUUUGAAAUAAUAUAAUGGCCAUUAUUAGAAAGAUUUGAGUUAAGGUUUAUUUAUAAAUAAGAAACCUUUAAUAGGUUUUUGAAUAUUAAAAAACCUUUUAAAGAUGAAAAUUUAAAGCUUAUUUUUGGUGGCGGUAUGAUAGUAACCAAUUCUAAGAUUGGAAUAAUUACACCAGGUACAAAAUUUUCUUAUUUUCCUGGUAAAUUGAUUUAAAUUAAAUUUUAAUUUGAAGACAUUCCUGAGGAUGAAGAUUAAGAAUUAUUGGCAAGAACAUCAUUUAAACCAUUCGAAUAAUGUGAUUGUUAGAUAAAUGAUAUUUUGACACUAGAUGAUAUUUCUAUUAAUCGGCUAGAAAAUUAAUUUUUUACUUCUUAGAAUACAAACUGUAAUUCUUUCUAAUUAUCUGGAUGGUUAAAAAUUACUGAUAUAAUUUAGAAUUCAGAUGUAUUUACUUAUUAGUUAAUUGCUCUCACAUCAAAUUUUUAAAACUAAUUAGCCAAUAAAAAUUUAUCACCUUUUACUUUGUCUUAUAAGAUUUCUCAAAUAAAGAAUUAAAUUAUUGUAACAACUUAUAGUUACACAUUUCCAUCAGCAACAAUUAGUUUUUCUGACGAUCCAUUUCUAAUAACAAAAGAACUCGAUCUCACAAAUACAUUACUUCUUUGGUAAAAAUUAUAAGUCCAACUACUUGAUGAUUAACUUAUAAUUAAUGUUAAAUUUUAUGAAGGACAUGAUAUUUAUGAAUACAACAUUUAAUAAUAAGUAAAUUAGUUUAAAUGCACUCAAUUUAAACUUUAGUAUGGUAACAUUUUAUAAUCAACUGCUAAUUACUUUAAAAUUAUAGUCAGAAACAUGGGGUUUAAUAAUUGUAAUGCAAUUGAUACAUUAUAAAUUUGUCAUUACAGUUGUGAAGAAUGUGAUGGUCCAACUUCAAAUAACUGUUUAUCUUGUUCUAUUGAGUCUUAAAGAAUAUAUUUACCUGAUUUCAAAGCUUGUGUUUGUCCCUUUGAUACAAUUGAUGAAAAGAAAUGUAAAUCUUACACAGACCUAAAAUUUAAAGUUUCAGAUAAAAGAAAAGUAAUGCCUAAAUGCAAUUAUGGGUAUUUUGAAUAUGAAGAUAGUUGCUUGCGUUGCCCUACCAUAAUUAAUGAUUAAUUUGUUAUUUGCUUAGAGUGCAUAUAAAAUCCUUAAGGAUGGAGCAAGAAUUCUUAAUGUGAAUAUGAUUUAUACAUAAGCAAAAAUGGCGAAGUGGCAAAUUAGAAAUGGAGAGGUACUCUAAUUUAUUAUACUUUUGAUGGAGAUGAGUUAUUACUUUGCAACAGAUGUUCAAAGAAAUCUCCUUUUUUGGCUGAGGAAUAAGAAAUAUAAUAAAUUUUAGGUCAACAAUAUCUAAGUUUUCAGUGUUAAUUUUUGUUUGAUUAUUGUAGCCGUUGUUGGAUAUCUGUUGAUGGAUUUGAAUGUUUAGUUUGCUUCUACGGAUUUAAUUUGAUAGAUAAUCAUUGUGUAAGCAAGGUCAAAAUCCCUGAUGAUGUCAAAUACUGUCCGACAUCAUCUUAUGUUACUCAUCAAAGAAAAUGCAAGUUAUGUCCGAUUCUUCAUUGUAAAUACUGCUUUGAAUACCAAGACCACGAUUUAUCCAAAUGCACUCUAUACAUUGGUUUUGGGGAUUUCGAUAUAGAUAAUGAAAUCAAAAUUGGAUGUGCAUUAUGUGAGGAUAACUAUAUUUUUGAUUUCGAAAUUGGAAUCUGUAUAUAAGAUACUCCAAAAAUAUAAAAUUGUUUGAGAUCUUAUAUAUAUGAUGGCUAAGAAAUCUGCACAUUAUCAUCAAUUGAUGAUUUUAGUGUGGCUCUCGAAAUAAUUAAUUGCCAUACACAUUUACCACAUUGUGAAUAAUGUGUGUUAUCACCUCAAUAUACUAUUAAAUGCAUUGUCUGUCAGGUUGGAUACUCUGCCUCAAUUUAAAAUGGAGGGUGUUAUCUAGCUGAUGAGUUUGGGGUCUAUGGAGGUAAAAUCGUAAUUGAUGCUGUCUUUGAAUUAAAGGAUGGGUGGGUUUAAAGAAUUUAGAGUUUUAUGAUGAAAUUUUUGCCAAAUAAAUAUUUCUACUUUCAAGCUAAAUUUGAUAAUUGGCUUUUGUAAAUGAUAGUCGAAUGUUAAGAUAAUUAUUUCCUUGGCCAAUAUUUCUAAUGUCAUAAAAAAUGCGAUUCCUCAUGUUUAGAAUGCAUAGUUGAUGGAAGUGAUCUUUAAUUUUGUAACAAAUGCCCUUUAAAUUAUUAUUAAUAACCCAUCAGAGAUUAAAUAAAUGGAAUUUGUUCUGGAUGUAGUCAGCUAUGUCAAGCCUGUACAUCUCGAACAGAUGCUGAGAUAAAAGCUCAUCAACCAAAUUUUAUUAUUAAUGGUAAUAAUUUUAUCCAUACAAAGAAGUGUCUAAAGCAACUUUAAAUUCCUAACAUCUAUAUGGAUCCAUAUGAUUAAACAACUAAGUAUUGCUUUGAUGAAACAUGUUCAAAAAUGCUCGAAUAUAACUUUGACAUAUAUUAUUGUGAAUGGUUUAAUAUUUUUUUGGAAGAAGAAAUAGAUAUUAAUUAUCUUAAUGCAAUAGGAAUAGAUAGCUUGGUUUUAAGUUUUAAUUUUACGACAUUCGCUAAUUCUUGCACUAUUUAAAACCUUGAAAUGAACACUAAAUUAAAAAGCAAAGUAUUUUCACUCAAUUAUAUACAUUUCAUUUAUACCUCAAGAGAAGGAUUGAUAAUGAAAUAUAUUGACUUUUUGUAUUUCAAUAAUAUUGACAAAAUAGAAAUUAACUAAAUUAUUCAUGAAACUUAUGAACAAUUUUAGGUUUUAAUGGAAAACAACCAUUAAUAAAUCUAGUUAUAUUUGUCCAAUUUUAUUAUAUAAGAUAGCUAAAUUUAGGACAUAGUAUCAGUAUUUUAAAGUGAAAAAUUUGGUGAUGUAAUUAUGAAUAAUGUGUAUCUCUUAAAUACAAGUUUUAUAAACUCUUCAUUUUUGAAUUUAACAGAUUAUAUGCUUUAGGGGACAAUUCAGAUAGACACCUUUGUUAUUCGAAAUUGCACUAUGCUAAAUUCAAAUUUCUUCCAAAUUACUAAUAAUCAACUUAUAUUGUCUAUUAAGAAUGUUCUCAUUGAGGAUUCCGAUUUUACAAAUGUAUUUAUAUAUUUUUUUGAUUUCAAUGUUUUUCAAUCAAGUACAGUAGACGUUUAUAAUAUUACAGUGAAGAAUAGCAAAUUUGUAAACUCAAGUCUUUUUAAUUUUUAGAAUUAUAUUACUCUAUAUUUAAGGUACCUCUAAUUGGAAUCAAAUACUUUAAUCUCAACAAAUUUUAUUAUUUCAAAUCAUAAUACCUCAUUAUCAUACAUCAAAAUUUAAAAUAAUGAAUUUGUAGAAUCACAACUAAUUACUAUGCUUGAGAGAACAGAAAAUAAAUCAAUGGUUGUCCUACUAAAUUAAAUUGAGGCUUCGAACAAUCAAUUUGAGAACUCUAAAUGUUUUAAAUUAUUUACUAAUCAAGAGUUUAGCCAAAUCGAUUUAACAAUAUCGAAUCUAAUAUUUAAUGAAAUCUCAAGUAUCGAUAGUUCAGAUACCAGAUCCUAUCUAUUUCAGAUUAAGGCUCUUAAAUUAAAAAUAUAGAAUGUGGAUUUUAGAAAUCUAAAAAAUAUCUUUCUAUUUUCUAUUUUUGAUAGCAAUGAGAUCCUAAUACAAAAUGUAAUUUAUGCUAAUUCAGCUUAAAUUUAUUAAGUGCCAUUUUCUUAAUCAUGCUAAGUUGAGAUUAAUGAGAAAAAUUAAAUGCUGAAGAUAGAGAAUUUUUUUACUCUAAAAAUUGUAUCUGUCUAAAUUAUCAACUAAUUUGCGAUUGAUGAGUCUUUUUUAGAUUUAUCAUAGAGAUAAUAGUUUGAGAAACCUGCCAGUUUAGAUUUAGCGGAUCUUGCUUUUAGAGGAAAUGUAUAAAUAUACAAAAAAUCAUAAAGAUUGCUUUCACUUUUAGCUCUAUAUUCAGAAUGGAGUCUUAAUGUACACAUUAACAAAAUUCAAUUUUUUGAGAACUGCUUUCACUCAGUACCUGAAAUUUACUUUUAAUCCUAUGCCUCUUUAGUUUUCAUGAAUAUCAAAUCAAGUGACAUUGAGAUCUUUAAUUUCUCUUCUCAAAGUAAUGCAUUUACAAAUUCAUCUAAUUCAUUCAUUUUCAUUGAAGCAAAUACAAUAAAAAUUUAAAAUUUAUAAGUCUCAAACCAUAAUAUUCUAACCUCUGAAUUAUGGGAAAGGUUUUAUGGUUUACAAUUAGGUGUACUUCUUAAUUAAUAAUAAAUAAAUCAGGUUGUGUUUUAGGCCCUAAAUAUUUCAAAUAUAGGAGGUGUAGGGUAAUUAAAAGCAUCAGUUUUUACUUGUUUAAAUUGUAACUUUUAAAAUGUUCUUGCUUUAAGGAGUUUCCUUUUUGAUAUAACAACUUUAUAUUAAGGAAUAAUAAAAUUUAUAAAUCUGAUUGCAAGCGAUUUAAUAGGUGAUUUGAAAUAAGAGACAGAUAGUUAAGGUUGUAUAAGCAUCUCCUGCUAAGACAGUUCUCUCGAACUUGAAAUUUCAAAGUCUAGUUUUAGGAAUAUCUAUAACAGAAUGUCUCCAUCUAUACUAUCCAUUUAGCCAUCAAAAAUUAGAAAUAAGAUUAGAUUAAUUGAUACUUCAUUUGAAGAUUGUCUGUCUCUAAUGAAUUCGAUACUUUUGGUACAAUUCUCCAACAAGAUAUAUAAUAAAAAUACUGUAGAAUUGCGAAAUAUUAUGAUAGUAUAGCAGUUGAAUUCAUGGCUGAAACAUUUUUAAUAAUUGGGAACUCUAAGCCUUUAAGAACUAUUACUUAUUUCAAGUAAUCAAAAUUCAUUGCUUAAUAUUGAAAGUUCUUCAAUAUUAAUAUUCAACAUUAGUAUUUAAGGUGUGUAUCUAUCACCAAUAUUUAAAAUUGUAAAUACACCAAAAUUAAAAAUUAAUCAAGUUUGGAUCAAAGAGAUUAAGUUAUUUUAUUCCUUUACUUUGAUAAAUAUACAGUAAAUGCUGGAUAUUCAAACAAUAGUUUUGUUUGAACAUGUAAAUAUCUUCAGCACUUCAAUUUAUGAAGCAAAACUUUAAAGAGUUGAAAUAUCAGACUUUGAUUUUGUGCUUAAUGACUGUGUUGUAGUAACCACUCUAGAGAAAAAGUUUCAAGAGAACUAAUUGUUUUACUAUUUAAAUGAUAUUCUUACUAUAAUGGAAGAACAUAAUGAAGAUUAACUUUCCUUAAUUAAUAUUUAUACUUUAUCCAGUAAACAUACUUUCUAUUUCAAUAAAUUAGAACUUGUUAAUAAUAAUUGUUUAUACUGCACGUCUGGAUUGAUUAAAUUUGAUUUAGCCUCUUUCCAAUCCAUAAAAAUAUAAGAGCUAAUCUGUAUUAAUAACAUAAUUAAAUAAUUUGGAUGUAUAAACUUUUUAAGUGAAAUAUAAGAUUCUCCUGCAAUUUAGAUAUUCAGUUCCGCUUUUCUAUUUAAUAGAGGAACUUAAGGAGUUGCUAUUUCAUCAAACAAGCCUAUCAUCCUCAAAUAGUGCAAAACCAUCUAAAAUAUUGCAACCUAUAGAGGAGGUGGUUUAUAUUUAGAACUGAAUAGUAAUCAAUUUAUUAUUGAAAAUUCUGUCAUUAUUGAAAAUCAAGCAGAAGAAGGUGGAGGACUAUACACUAUUGGAAACGGAGUUUUAAAUUAACAUAAUUUAAAUAAAACGUAUUUACUAUUUAAUAAUGCUUCUGUUUAUGGAAAUAAUUUGAUUGUAAAUCCUACACAUUUGGCGUUGUUUAUUAAUUCCUAAGAAAUGAAAGUGUAUGAAGUAGAUCCAGAAUAAAUUUAAACAGAUGUUCUUAGAAUUACACCUUAUUCUACUAUAUAAUAAGAAAAAUUAAUUGAAACUUCCUAUUUAAUGAUUCCCAGUGGUUAAUCAAUUGAAGAUUUUUCUCUUUCUAUGCCCAAAUUAUAAUAAACAUACCAAUAGAUUAAGACAAUAGAGAUAAUGUUAAAAAAUUCAUUGAAGGAAUUUCAAAAAAACAUCAUUAACUCAACUUGCUUAAUAAGCGACAAGAUCGUUAAAAUGAACGGAGAAAAAAUAAAUGGGAAUCUUCAAAAUGUCUCAUUACUCUACUAAAAAGAGAAAAGUACUUUUGAUUUAAGUUCAAUUACUUUUUAUUUUGAUCCAUACGAAAAAGAUUACAGAUAUUUGGAAAUAUCAAUUAUAUGUUUAAAAGAAGGAUAAAUUAAUCCAUUGAAGUACGUGAUCUAAGCCUAAAGCUAUAAAUGCUAGCUUGGAGAAUUCCAUGUUGAAAAUGGUUGUUAAAUUUGCUAAUCCAAUCAAGGCUUUUACUCAGUAACAUAUGAUGUUAUUAAAUGCUCUAUAUUUGACAAGGAGAAAUUUUUGGAGAUAACAUCCAAUGCAAUAAAGUUGCAGGAAGGUUAUUGGAGACCAAAUUAUUUAUCAGACUAUUCUACGUUAUGUUUUAAGAAACCAAGUUUUUGUGUGGGAGGUUGGGAUAUAGGAGAUGAACUUUGUAGCAAAGGACAUGUAGGAGCUCUGUGUGAAGAGUGUGAUAUAUAUAAUAUAAGAGGAGAUGGAUAAUACUUAAAAAAUUUAUAAAAUUCUGAAUGUCUAUCAUGCUUUGGGAUAUCAGAUAGCAUACUUCCUUUUAUCUUAAAUUCAAUUUGGUAAAUUUAUAAAUACAAUAUUAGGGCCAUAUUAUCAAUCAUCCUUACUGUUAAAAGCAUUGUAAAAUCUAAUGAUUUAUUCUUGUUUCUCAAAGUUAAAGAAAGAUUUAGUUAAAUACUCUUUAAAUUAAACUAAGAUCGCGAAAGCAUUUUAAUAAAAAUGUUCUUAAAUUAUUUAUGGAUAUUUUCCCUUAUUUUUACAUUCAAUAUAAAUUUUUCUUUUUAGUUUAAUUUUGUUGACUCAGCUAGUAAUACAUCCUUAUCAAUGGCUAAUAAUUUAGAUUGUUAUUUGUCUUAAAUAGUGGGAUUUUAGUUAAUCUAUUCCAAGAUCAUUUUAAUAUUAUUAUUGAUUUUUUGGCAAUUCGUAAUCAUCAUGAUAGGACUUUUAGUGCUUCCAGAUAUAUUAAACUCCAAAUUAAAAAUAAGUAUUGUCUCAAAUAUUUUGCUAUGCUUGUAUAUUUUCAAUUACGCUGGAUUUAUCAAAAUGCUGUGUUCGGCAGUAUCAUACAGAGAAAUAUCCAAUAUUAAAUACAUCUAGGGUGAUCUAACAUUAAAAUUCAAUACGGAAACUCAUUAUUAAUGGAUGUAUUUCUUAGUACUCCCUGGGUUGAUCAUCUUUGGAUGCUUAAUCCCUUUGUUAUUGUUUUUGCUAAUGUAUUUUAAAAGAAAUGGAUUAGACUUUUAUACUCUAAGACCUCAUAUUUGUUAUCUUUUUAACGAAUAUGUAUCGAAAAGGUAUUACUGGGAAUAAAUUAAAUUGAGUAACAAAGCUUUAAUAAUUCUCUUUUUAACUUAUUUUGAAACCAAUACACACUUAAAAGCCUCCUUAAUUGGUUUAAGUUUGAUUUGUUAUUAGCAAUUUGCAGCUAAGAAAAAGCCAUAUAUUAUUUAAACAUUCAAUAUUCUAGACUUGGAAAUGAGUUAAAAAUGUUCAGUCUCUAUAUUUUUGGCAGCCGUAAAGUAUGAAAGUGAAAUAUCAAAUAACAAAGUGAUUUCACUUGUUCUGUAAAUCUGCUUAAUACUAUUAUUUUUUUUGAUAACUUUUCCUUUUAUUUACCAAAUUGGAAUAACUAAUUAUAAGAAAUAUAAAAUACUUGCAUUUUCAUCAUUCCAUUUGGUUUUUAAGUACUUUAGGUUCACAAAAGCAUCAAAAGUAUUCGAAUAAUUUUUAGACGAAUAAAGUAAAAAAGAUUAAAGACUGAAAGAAAACUUCACCAAAUUAAGAAAAUUCCUUAUUGUUUUUUCAAAAGCUUAGAUAAAAAACAGACCGGUUAUUCUCUCUAGAUUCAAUUCCAGUAAAAAUUACUAAUAAACAUUAUUAACUACAGAGUUACAAGCCUAAUCGGUCAUGUUAACAGCAAACAGAUUGGAAUGA